GCACCGGGCCCGGCCUGGAACUCAGCCGCGCGACGCAGGGGGACCUCUGCCGCCGCGGGCCCGGGCCGGGCGGCGGUCAUGGCCUCGGCGGCUGUGGAGAGCUUCGUGAGCAAGCAGUUGGACCUGCUGGAGCUCGAGAGAGACGCGGAGGUCGAGGAGCGCAGGUCCUGGCAGGAGAACAUCUCUCUGAAAGAGCUCCAGAGCCGAGGGGUCUGCUUGCUGAAGCUGCAGGUGUCCAGCCAGCGGACCGGGCUGUACGGGCGGCUGCUGGUCACCUUCGAGCCCAGGAGAUGUGCGUCUGCCACGGCCCUUCCCAGCAACAACUUUACUUCCGGAGAUAUAGUGGGUCUGUAUGACGAAGGCGGUCAGCUGGCCACGGGGAUCCUGACCCGGAUCAUGCAGAGAUCGGUCACAGUAGCCUUUGAUGAGUCCCAUGAUUUCCAGCUGAGCUUAGACCGAGAGCGUGCCUACAGACUGUUAAAACUCGCCAAUGACGUCACUUAUAAGCGGCUGAAAAAAGCUCUCAUUACCCUAAAGAAGUAUCAUUCUGGCCCCGCGAGCUCCCUCAUAGAGGUCGUCUUCGGUGGAUCAUCCCCCAGUCCUGCCAGUGAAACACAGCCGCCGCCGUUCUGUAACACCUCCCUGGACGCCUCCCAGAAGGAAGCCGUCUCCUUUGCGCUGUCCCAGAAGGAACUUGCCAUCAUCCACGGGCCUCCUGGCACUGGGAAGACCACCACUGUGGUCGAGAUCAUCCUUCAGGCUGUGAGACGGGGCUUAAAGGUGCUGUGCUGUGCCCCCUCUAACGUCGCCGUGGAUAACCUGGCAGAGCGGCUGGCGCAGUGUCAGCAGAAGGUCCUGCGCCUCGGGCACCCCGCCCGGCUGCUGGAGUGCAUCCAGCAGCACUCCCUCGACGCCGUGUUGGCACGCAGCGACAGCGCCCAGAUCGUCGCAGACAUCAGAAAGGACAUCGAUCAGGCCUUCUUGAAGAACAGGCAGACCCAGGAUAAGAGAGAGAAGAGUAGUUUCUGGAACGAAAUCAAGCUGUUACGGAAAGAGCUGAAGGAGAGGGAGGAGGCCGCCAUGCUGGAGAGCCUCAGGUCCGCAGCCGUAGUGUUGGCAACGAACACAGGUGCUUCUCCCGAUGGCCCUCUGAAGCUGCUGCCCGACGGCCACUUCGACGUGGUGGUCAUCGACGAGUGCGCCCAGGCUCUCGAAGCCAGCUGCUGGAUCCCCCUGCUGAAGGCCGGGAAGUGCAUCCUGGCCGGAGAUCACAAACAGCUGCCGCCCACCAUCGUGUCCCCCAAGGCUGCGGCGGCGGGCCUGGUGCUCAGCCUGAUGGAGCGCCUGGUGGCGGAGCAGGGCACGAGCGUGGUGCGGACGCUGACGGUGCAGUACCGCAUGCACCGGGCCAUCAUGCAGUGGGCCUCCGAGGCCCUGUACCACGGGCGGCUCACGGCCCACCCUUCCGUGGCGGGCCACCUCCUGCGGGACCUCCCCGGGGUGGCCGCCACGGAGGAGACAGGCAUCCCCCUGCUGCUCGUGGACACGGCCGGCUGCGGGCUCUUUGAACUCGAAGAGGAGGACGACCAGUCUAAGGGGAACCCUGGCGAGGUGCGUCUCGUCAGCCUGCACGUCCAGGCCUUGGUGGAGGCUGGCGUCCGAGCGAGCGACAUUGCCGUCAUCACACCGUACAACCUCCAGGUGGACCUGCUCAGACAGAGCCUCGCUCACAGGCACCCCGAGCUUGAAAUUAAGUCGGUCGAUGGCUUCCAAGGCCGAGAGAAGGAGGCUGUGGUCCUGUCCUUCGUCAGAUCCAAUAGGAAAGGCGAAGUGGGUUUCCUCGCCGAGGACCGGCGGAUCAACGUGGCCGUCACCCGCGCUCGGCGCCACGUGGCGGUCGUGUGUGAUUCGCGCACCGUUAACAACCACGCCUUUCUGAAGACCCUGGUGGAUCACUUCACGGAGCACGGCGAGGUGCGCACGGCCUUUGAGUAUCUCGAUGACAUCGUCCCUGAAAACUACUCCCACGAGAGUUCCCAGGGCCACGGCCAAGCUGGUGCGAGGCCCCGGGGCCCUGCCGCGGCUGCCGGGAAGCCUCCUGGAAGCUGGAUGCGGGAGGGGGUUCGGGAGGCCCCGGCCGCCGCCGGGCUGCAGCGGAAGACGCCUGGCAGGAAGCCCUUGGGCCCUGAGGUCGGUUCUCAGCCCAGCCUCAACGGAGGCGGCCUGUGCCCGGACGGCAGAGACCGCGCGGACCGCUUCGGGGCUGAGAUAGCGGAGUUUGUGGCGAGUGAGAACACGCGGCUGGAGUUUCCCGCGUCCCUGAACUCACACGACAGGAUGUGGAUCCACCAGAUAGCGGAGGAGCACGGGCUGAGGCACGACAGCACCGGUGAAGGGAAGAAGAGGUUCAUAACCGUGAGCAAGAGGGCCCCGCCUGCCCCGCCGCCUGCAGCGGGCGGCCCCACGGCCCCCGGCCCCAUGGAGGCGGAGCCCCCUCCCGGGGAGCAGAGUGGCCGGGACCCCCCGGAUCUGAAGGCUCUGCACCUGGAAAGGCUGCAGAGGCAGAAGAGCCGGCGGGAGCCGCAGGCCGAGCAGGGGCAGCGGGCCUCGUGCUCAGGGCCGCGCAAGCUACCGGAGAAGGAAAAGAAAAAAGAGGCAAGAGGACGCGUGGCCAUAGACUUGCCCGGUGAGGAGGACUUCGAUGCCCUGGUCUCGGCCGCCGUGAAGGCCGAUAACACCUGCGGCCUUGCUAAGUGCACAGCCAGCGUCGCGACCCUGGGUCAGCUCUGCCUGCACUGUGGCCGCCGCUUCUGCCUCAGCCACCACCUGCCGGAGAUCCACGGCUGUGGGGAGAGAGCUCGCGCCCACGCCCGGCAGAGGAUCAGCCGGGAAGGAGUCCUGUACGCCGGCAGCGGGACCAAGGACAGGUCCCUGGACCCAGCCAAGAGGGCCCAGCUCCAGAGGAGGCUGCAUAAGAAGCUGGAUGAGCUGACCAGCCAGAGGAAGAGUAAACACAGGGAAAAGGAGGAGUGACCGGCUUGUGUCUUUG